AGGGAUUUCCCGCCUGUGGGCGGGACUCGGAAGCGCGUCCGCGGCCGUAUCCCUGACAGCCGGCUAGCGCGCUAAGCUACCAGCGUCUGUGUAUGCGGGUCCGAUAAGGGUUAACCUGCCUUCGGUUUCCGUCAAGGUCGCGCCGUUGAGUCUGGGCGUUGGCCUCCGGCUACAGUAACAGGCCGGGUGGCAGCAUGGCCCACGAAACAGAGAAACUGCCGCUACGGCGACUGGAGCAGCCCAUCCAGAAGUUCAUCAAAGUGGCCAUCCCCACUGAUCUGGAGAGGCUGCAGAAGCACCAGAUGAACAUCGAGAAGUUCCAGCGAGGCCAGCAGUGGGACAGGCUACACCAAGAGCACGUCAACGCCAGCCGCACGGUGCAGCAACUGCGGGCAAACAUCCGGGAGAUGGAGAAGCUGUGUGGGCGCGUGCGGAGGGAGGAGGCCCUGGGUCUGGAGAAGAUGGUGCAGCCGACCCGGGAACACGCCUCUGAAGCCGUGCGGGACUUCCUGAGCCUGCUAGCCGAGGCCAGGCCGCAGCCCGGCCCCCCAGCCCCGGCAGACGCCAUGCGAGGGAAAGUCCUCAGUGCAGCGGAAGGAGAGGAUCCCCCUGCCACACAGGCCCAGCUCCUCCUGCCUGAGAUCCCUGAGCACCAGAACGCAGCCGAGUCCUGGGAGUCACUGGAGGAGGACCUGCAAGAACUGAAUGGCCUGGUGAACGAAUUCUCGGAACUGGUCCAUGCACUGAUUAGAAUUACCCCCCCCCAUCCCACCAGAAGGGGGGGCUGGAGUCUCUUGCUUUAUUGGGGCCUUCUCUGUGCCUGGCUGUUCGGCGCCGCGAGCGUGUGCGAGGACGACCUUCACUCAGCCACGUUCUCCGGACGGGACGCUGACGGUUCUCUUUCUCCUGCUCCCCAGGCCGCAAAGUACAAGAUGGCAGUGCUGCCGCUGGCGGGGGCCCUGCUGGGCGGGGUGGUGGGCGGCCCUCUGGGGCUGCUGGCGGGCUUCAAGGCCGUGGGGGUGGCAGCCGCCGUUGGCGGGGGCCUCCUCGGCUUCGCCGGGGGGAGCCUCGCUCAGCGCACCCAGCGGGCCAAGGUGGACCUGGAGCUGCAGAAGGUCUCUGGCGCAGGAGGGGGCUGCAAGAAGGACUGACCCCCGCGGUCUCCCGGCCUGCUCAUGUCCUCCCACAUACGCUGUUUGACAGCCUGGACAGGGCUUACGGCAUGCUCCAUGCUGGGUAUAGCCUUGUACGCUUGUGGGAGGGGCCAAAGCCAGGCUAAAGAGCCCAUCAGGUUACAGCCAAUCUGCUUCCAAUCACAGACUGGAGCUCAAAUUCUUUGAGGAGCUGCAUUGGGAUUGAUUUAAGAAGUGCCAGAAGAAUUGUGAUUUUUUUUUUUUAAGUCUUGAAAGGACUGAAUGUAAUUUAAGUGAUAUACAGCAAUACACUAGUGCAAGGGAGUGGACCGGGGCUUCAGCCGUGCCUGUACUGAGUGACAGUCCUCCAUCCCUGCAGCCGUUUCCUUGGUACCUCAUACCUCCGGCACUUUUCGGUCAUGGACCCAGUCGGCAGUAUGGGGUGAAAGUGUCAUUAAAAGCAUGAUGUGAACAGGGGUCACAGCCUCCUCUUCCGUUUCCACCAGACCAGUAGGUGCCAUUUGAAGAGGCCUCGUGCGCAUCCAGUGAGCAAAACCGGCCCCUUCGCUCGCACACGUUCAAAGGACGGGAAGCAGCAGAAGCGUGAUUCUCUGGACUGGCCAAUGAGAGUGAGCAUGAGAGCGCAGGGCAGGGAGGGGGGGGCCCAGACGUCGAUCUCCAGCACACCCAGCCAACCCCCCCCCCCCCCCACCCCCA